AUUUCGUUUCCAGGAGAACCCUUGUUAGUUGGGAUGGAUCUUACUAUCGCGAGUUUCGAUGCAAUCUCAGAAGUAAACAUGGAUUAUACAAUAACAAUGUAUUUAAAUCAAUAUUGGAAGGACGAAAGAUUGGCAUUUUCUCAAGAAGAAGAAGUUCUCACUCUUAGUGGAGAUUUUGCGGAAAAGAUUUGGGUUCCAGAUACUUUUUUUGCCAAUGACAAAAAUAGUUUCUUACACGAUGUGACCGAGCGUAAUAAACUCGUUCGGUUGUCCGGAGACGGAUCUGUCACUUAUGGCAUGAGAUUCACGACGACCCUGGCCUGCAUGAUGGAUCUGCACUACUAUCCGCUCGAUUCGCAGAACUGCACCGUAGAAAUCGAGAGCUACGGAUACACAGUGUUGGACGUGGUAAUGUAUUGGAAAGAGACUCCAGUCCGUGGUGUCGAGGAAGCGGAAUUGCCACAAUUCACGAUAAUCGGUUACGAAACGAAUGAUCGUAAAGAGAAGCUGGCCACUGGCAUAUACCAGAGAUUAUCAUUGAGCUUCAAACUUCAAAGGAACAUCGGAUACUUCGUUUUCCAGACUUAUUUACCUAGUAUCUUGAUCGUAAUGUUAAGUUGGGUCAGUUUUUGGAUAAAUCAUGAAGCAACCAGCGCCAGAGUAGCACUCGGUAUAACAACAGUCCUUACAAUGACCACAAUUUCAACAGGUGUCCGUAGCUCACUGCCACGUAUCAGCUACGUGAAAGCUAUCGACAUUUACUUAGUAAUGUGUUUCGUUUUCGUGUUCGCUGCUCUCUUGGAAUAUGCAGCGGUCAAUUACACUUAUUGGGGUGCCAGAGCUAAAAAGAAGUCGAAAAAGAAAGAAUCUGAUGAUAAAAAAGUGAUUUCCUCGAAGUCUGGAAGCAAAGCGAAUUCUCCUUUUCCUGGUUCAACGGAAGCGGAUAUAAUAGAGCUUCAAGAUCUGAGGAUGUCUCCGUUACCAAGUAUAAGAAACAGAUCAGGUCUGGUUAGUGGCAGUUCGACGCCUGGAACCGGAAGAGAACAUGAUCCGGCCAAGUUUCCCCCUAGUUUUCGAAUUUCCAGAGUCGCGGCCUACAAUACUUAUGGGAGAAACGCUGGUCUCAGAUACAGAGGACCUAAACAAAAUAAGCCCAAGGUACUACAUGCAAUACGAAGAGGAGCAUCUGUGUUGCGUGUAUCAAUGCCUAAGAUAAAAGAUGUGAAUAUUAUCGACAAAUAUUCAAGGAUUAUAUUUCCAGUUAGUUUUAUGCUGUUCAACGCCAUCUAUUGGGUAUUUUAUGUCCUCUGAAUCUUUAAUCAUUAGAACAAUCUGCCG